CGAAGUUUAAGCUCACAUCAAUCUCAUUUUUUUGGCGAAUGGCCUAGAUUGCUGCCAGGCUCAGCUACCGCUGGCACUGGCAGGUGGUCGCCCAAAAUGCCGUCGCUGCGGGAGAUCAUGCUGAACCGGGCCAAGGAGCCCGCCAAGGUUCAUCCAAUGGAUCGGGUUUCUGAACUUAGUGACUUCUGCGGUGCACUUGUCGAUGUGAAAGGCACCACGGACUCUGCCAUUUGAGGCUCCACCAACUCCGUUAACAGCGGACAGUCCAAGGGCGCCCGGGACGCCCGUGGAGACACCUCAGAGGAAUGGCUAUGGCCGUCCUCCAAGGCCCAAAGCAACACCAGGAACCAAUGCCAGUCCGGGUAGUGCUGGGUCUAUGCAGCCCAGAAGGCCUAGUGAAGAGAGGCGGCCACGAGCAGCAGAUGUGGCGACACCUCAACGAGGGCGAAGAACACCAAGUGAGCCUCCACGAGGUAGACAAGAGGAUGAGGAUACUGGCACACCUGAUGGAAAGAGAGCACCAGGUGGACCAAGUGCCCGUGCAAAGGCAAGGUCACUUUCGGCCAAUCGCGCUCCGGAGAAGAUCCGCAUAGGUGAUGCUGCGCCUCCGGUUGAUCGUAAAGGUAUCGGAAAGGUACCAGCAUAUUUGAAGAGGAGGCAGGAGGAGAUGGCAGAGGAGAAGAGACGAGCUGCACGGCCCAUCUCUCCACAGCCACCGCCAGGCUACAGAAAGGUUGACGAGGUCGAGCGACUGGAUACGUUGGAUGUUCUCAGGCAACGGAAGGAGGAGGUGGAGAGAGCGCAACGAGGUCUCCCUUUCAAGAUCGAGACCGUAGGGCAGAAGCAGCGAGAAAAGGAUCUGAAUGAUCGCUUGUUGCACAUUGAAAAGCUGACAGGUAUGUUCUCCAAGCCGGUGGUUUUUGUCCCGGCGGAUUCCGGGCCAAUUGCAGCUUCUUUGCCAUCUUUAGGCGAGAAAGAUCGUCACAUACAAGCAGAGAACCCAGUGGUCAAUGAUCAUCGUGCGACACGCCGGCCUCCAGAGCGACCUUCUAUCACGGUGAAACAAGCACCAGGAGGCCACUCCAACCUGGUGCUUGGCUAGACCGUUUGCCUGUAGCGCACUUUGUACAGUAGCUGUUGCGCCGAAUUAGCAGAACAAUUAUGUAAUGAUGCGAGAUGCAGAAAGCUGCUCACCGACGAUAUGGUUGAACG